CGUAUCGUUCGGUUCGUUCUCACCGGUGAAAAGCGGUGAAAGGUCCUGUUCGGAGGACAACCUCAAUACGCCACUCACACACGCACAAGUGGGCUCGCUCACACGGACACGGGUUCGGUGGUCGAAAGUAAAAGUUGUCCAAUGUGCAAUAACGAUAAAAAGUACUGAAAAAUUUCCUACAGAAAAUUUCAGUGUUGCAAAACGUUCAAAAAAGCAUAAAUUCAAUCUAAAUCCAAUCAAUCAACGGAAAUCCCCCACAAAACUGGAACGAAGGACAGACAGCGAGGGAAGGCAGCUGAAUCUGCAAUCCUGAGUCCUGGAUGGUCGGCAAACGGCUAAUGAAGAUGAAGUGAAUUUGUGUUCGAGCGCAAAUUAAAUAGAAUAUAAAUCGCUGGAAAAAUGGCGGCGAUUUGUCAGCCUCUGUCGAGCAGAACAAAUGCAAAGUAGUUGUGCGACUAACAGAAGGAUAAACUAUAGAAGCCCAAGGCCCAGCGGGAAAUUCGCGAGUGGAUUUUCCUAUUUUUAUUUGGCUUCUUGUUGCGGCAAUUUCACGCAUCGCAGCGGAAUGAUGAUGACGGCAGGCGCUAAUCAGGCCGCCCCCAGCCACGCCCCACAGUUAUUCCGCAAACACAUUUUCAAAUAGGUUUUUCCAGGCGAAGAGAAAGGAGAAAACUCGAAAAAGGGAAAACCCAAGAGGAGCGCAGGGGGUGGGCAGCCCGCUCGCAAGUGAAAUAUUAUGGCAACUUUUCAAAUGGAAAUGCGCCAGCAGCGGCAGCAAAAGCAAAAGCAACGAACGAAUUUAAAGCAACGAGCAACGGCAACGGCAACGGCAACGGCAACAUCCAAAACCCGGCGACAACGACAACAUCUAGAGCUGGAGCUGAAUCUGAAGCUGAAGCUGGAGCCCUCUGACCCACCGCAAUCCAGCCCGGAUUGCAUAAGACUGUGGCCGGGAAGUGGCCCAUCCACCGCCGACAGGGUCGGCAGCAAUCCACUCACCUGCAACACCACCGGCAGCAGCAACAUCAGCGACAUCGGCAACAUCGCCCGACCCAGCAGCAACAUCGGCCGCCAAAGAGCGCUGAUAAUGCUCAGCAUGCUCGUCGUUGUCAUCGCUCUCAUAUCCGGCAAUGGAGUUUACGCCGCCCAGCGUGACUCGUACAAAUCAAAGGAUAUGAGCAGCAGUAAUAAUGCCCUGCCCAACGAAGGAGUGGGCGGAUCUGUCGAGGCAGCUGCUCCCACUGGUGUCGCCGGAAGCGGAAGCGGCAACAAUAGCAGCGGAAAUAACAAAAAUGGCCAGGCAGCUGGCGGAUCUGGCUCGGUCCCGGACUCACCUCCGCACACCGAAUCCGGAGCGAUGACAACCGAUGCCAGUCGGAGCUCCGUGGGCAGCUCCACCACCGUCACGGGGAUUCCCAGCAGCAGCCUGCACAAGGCCAGCAGCUCCAGCAGCAACACGUUCUCCUCCCAGCUUGCAUCCGGCUUCCAUCGCAACAGCAUCGAUCUGGAGGAGGCCCGCAAUGCGGGUCCCUACUUCGACAAGGCCUUCUCCAAGAACGUCACCGCCCUGCUGGGCAAGACGGCCUAUUUGAACUGCCGGGUCAAGAAUCUUGGCAACAAGACGAUGCUGCUUCAGGUGUCGUGGGUGCGACAUCGGGACAUACAUUUGCUGACAGUUGGCCGUUACACCUACACUUCGGAUCAGCGAUUCAGGGCCAUCCACCAGCCGCAAACCGAAGACUGGAUGCUGCAAAUCAAGUACCCGCAACAUCGAGACUCCGGCAUCUACGAGUGCCAGGUGUCGACCACACCCCACAUGAGUCACUACAUUCACCUGAAUGUCGUUGAACCUUCGACGGAAAUCAUCGGGGCACCCGAUUUGUAUAUAGAAAGUGGCUCCACUAUAAAUCUCACCUGUAUCAUACAAAAUUCACCGGAGCCGCCGGCUUACAUCUUCUGGAAUCAUAAUAAUGCUUUCCCCUCUCACCCGCAGAUUAUCAACUAUGAUUCGCCGCGCGGGGGAGUGUCGGUGGUCACCAACAAGGGCGACACGACCACCUCGUUCCUCCUAAUUAAAUCGGCGCGUCCCUCGGACUCCGGGCACUAUCAGUGUAAUCCAUCAAAUGCGAAGCCCAAGAGCGUCACGGUACAUGUGCUCAAUGGUGUUUCCCAUUCCGUUUCCAGGGGAGUUCCCAGCAGCAAUGCAGCACGCGGCACCAGUGCAUCCUCGCCCCUCGCCCACUCGCUGUCUGUUUGUGUACCUGUGUGUGUGCUUCUGCAGCUGGGCGCUUGCCGGUGGCUCGCUGCGCUGCUGGGCGCCGCUCUUGCCACGCCCCCGCCGCCGGACCGCUCCGCCCAGCGGGAUGGAAAGCGUCCUGGAUCGCCGGGAUCGCCAGGAUGUUCGCCCCUCUCCGGCGACAUGCGGCACUUCCUUGCGAGCGUUUUGAGAUGGCAAUGGCGAUGGUGUUGUCGCUGGCACUGGAAAAGUAUCCACAUGCAACAUCAUCCGGUGCAGCUGCAACUGAAACUACAAUCACGAAAGGAGGCGGCAACGUGUAGACAACUCUUCGAGGCGGACAUAAGGUGAGCUCUCCGCCGCACACCCUCCUCAAGGCCACUCUCAACUCAACCGUAAGCUGUAACUAUAAUAACUAUAACGUAUACAUACAACAUAACUCUAUUGGCUAUUGCGUUUUUCUAUGAAUCAGCGACGUAUACGUAAUAUUUAGCACAAAAAACCGAUGGAGAAGAAAACGUAAAGAUAUUAUAUACCUAACUAUAGUUAAAACCGAAAUCAAGCCAAGUUGUCGCCUUUUUUUUAUGUACGACUUUGUAUCAUACAAUGAAGCUAUCUAAGUCCUUGGUUCCCUUAGAAAUUGGAAAUUGUGUAAAUAGGCUGCAUAGCAUACCUAGAGGCGCUUUUUUCGAUCGACUCUUUCCAACCUUUGUAACUUUUAUAGCCAAAAAUUUAGCAGAAACCGAAAGUACCCUUCAGAGAGAACUGCUCAACACUGCAUCUGCAUUAAAAGCAAGAAUGAAAACACAAGAGGUAAACAUUUUCUAGCAAAAACCAAAACAGGAAACGCUUCUCGACUGCCACUUUGCGACUGUUCUGUUCCCUUGAAGGCAAAGAGAAAUUCUCAUUUGCAUUUUGCGAAAUCCUAAUAGACAGAUAAAUGUUCAACCGAAAGGCAAUUAGCAAAACGCAAACUAAAAACAUUCAACUUCAAGUACAGGCUAUUUCUAUAGAAAAAACAAAAAAAAGAAUCCUAGAAGUUAAAGCGAAAAAAAAAAUGUGUAAAAUAUUAAAGAAAACUUAAACCCAAGGGGAAAAUUUAGCUACAGGUUAAAGCAAAAAAUAAAAAAAUGAGCAAAUAAAAAAGAGACGGAAAGCAGAACUCGUUGAGGGGAGAAUUUUUCUUUUGGCUUCAUCUGAAUGGUUAGAAAUUAAGUCAUAAAAUACAUGAAAAGAGAAACCCUCGAAUAAGUUGUUUCGUUUCGUUUGUGUGUAAUGUACAAAUUAAAUAAACGUAAGUAUUACCGAACGUGCAGAGGAAACGGUUUGAAUUUAGGAUACAAUCGGCAUGGAAGGAAAAUUGUUGCACAUUUCAUAAAUUUAUUUGUUGUUACUCAAUGUGAACAAAAGUUAGUCAAGUGUUAAAAACGAAAAACAUUAAGAGAUAUUGAAAGGAGUUCUGGGUAAAACGUAUUUUACAGCUAACUACAAUUUUGAAUUUCUAUGAUUAUUCUGAAGCGUUAAAUGUGUUUUUUCCACCCACAUUUCAAUGGUUUAUUUUCAAUUUCCGAUUCCCACUUUGGUUUGGGCUUUUGUCUGGCUAAUUUCUGUCAUCACACCAAACUUUGCCAUAGAGCACAUAGAGCUAACCGAAUACAUAAAAAGAAAAAUAAAUCCAAACGUUACAGAAAAAACAAAAAAAAACAAAAACUAUUGAUAGAAAUUAAAGUAAAGGGACAAGUUUCAUUAAUCAAGCUAAGCAGUAAGCAGAAAUAAAAACUAAAAACUAAACAAAGAUAACAGACAAAACACUAUUGAAAUACAGCAUGAGUAUUCAGAUGCUAAACCAAACCAAAUCCCGACAGGUUUUUCCUAAGCUUUUUUCAAUUACCAUGUAAAAUAUCAACAAAGCAUAUACACAUUCAAAUUCUAUUCAUAUGAAAUUUCAUGCGAGUAAUUUCUAUUUAAAUUCCAAAUACAGAAACGGAAAACCGAAAAAAAAAACGAAUUCAAAUGAGAAUUUCCAUUGUGUUUGAUGAGGCGUUUUAUGGUUAUUCGAUAUUUAUUGCAAAAAUUUUGUCAACUGUUGAUUAUCGACGAUCAAACGCACACACAAUAUUCUUUUGUGUCAUGUGAAAUAUUCAAGGUGUUCCCAAAUCACUUUGCCCAAUAAAAUUCUUUAUAAUCUUCCAAUUUCACCAGACAUUUCGAUUGGUGACACAUUCUCGGCAUACUUAAGUCUAAGAAAUGAAAACUAAAAGACCGCAUAAAACUGAAGUAAAUAUUGUAUAUGUAAAUGUGUAUUUAUAAAAUUAUGAUAUAAAGAAAAGCUAUAUAUAUAUACAUAUACAUAAAAGAAACCUAGUUUAUUUAACAAGGAAAACCGAAAAACUGAAACAAUGUUAUUAAAGCUAAACGAAACCGUAACAUUUGAAAGUAACCUUCAAUUAAAUAUGAGCCACACAGAAAUACGAUAAACCGAAACCAAGAGCGGAAAACCGAAAUCUUUUAAAAGUGUAAGAAUUUAAAAUGUGCAAAAAUCGAAUGAAUGAAUGGGAAAACUGGAAAUAAAAGGAAAACUGAAAAAAA